AAACCUCACUACAAUAUUUAAGUUUUUAGAACAGUGCGACUUUACACAUAACAAUAGUACGUAAAAUAGUUAUUUACAUGUAUGUCACGCUUGGUAUACUGAAUGCGUGUCCAGUGACAUUACUGAAUUGCUACUUCAUUUAAAAGACAGGAUAAAAUUUCGUUUCAAUACUAUAACCUACAAAAUGUGUUAAAUGUUUUUUUAAGUACAGUACACGUGUCAUAUUAUACAUAAGAGCACUAAAAAAAAAAAAAACAAGAUGAAGAACAGUUUUACCUAUUUUUUAAUGGUGGCUACCAUUCUCCUGGGUACUUUAAUAAUUGGGAGCAACGAAACAUCAACUAGAUCUAAGAAUGAUAAUCCAUUAAAAUGGCACAAAAAACAAUUAUCCGUCUUGGUGAUAAAAAUAAUAAAUGAUACGACAGUCUUGCCUUCAUUUAUAGAAAUAGUUAAAUGGCUGAUUCAAGAGAAGAGUACGAACGUAUUUGUUGAAAAAACUGUGAAAGAAGAGUUUAACUCGCAAUUCAUAGAUGUCCAUAAUGUUUUGAAGUCAUUCCAGAAGGACAAUAGCGAUCAUAUAGAUGAAAUUGAUUUUAUUAUUUGUUUAGGUGGACAUGGUACAUUAUUCUACGCUACUAGUCUGUUCUCAAAAACAGUACCGCCUGUUAUGUCGUUUCCCAUGAGCCCCCCUGGUUUUUUAACACCAUUUCAAAUACAAGAAUUUAAAGAAGAAAUAACUAACGUUAUUGAAGGACAUGCAACGUAUUUUAUUCGAAGUAGACUGGAAUGUAAUCUUAUUAAGGAAACUAAUACUAACCAGUUUACCGAAAACAUUUCGGUGCUCAAUGACGUGAUUAUUGAGCACGGAUCAAAUCACCUUUUCAGCUUAUCUUUGUACAUUGAUGGAACUCACAUAACAAAUGUGAAAGGAGAUGGUCUAGUUAUAUCAACGCCGACUGGAAGUUCUGCAUUUGCUGCAUCGACGGGAUCGUCUUUAAUUCACCCAAGGAUUUCAGCUAUUUUGAUUUCUGCUAUAUGCCCAUUUGCAUUAUCAUUCAGAUCGGUUGUAGUGUCAGCUGAUGUUGAAAUAAAAAUUAUGUUGGCUCCUACUAACCCUCUUACAACCUUUGCUUUUGUUACGUUCGACGGUGCCAAUAAACAACAGUUAAAUGUUGGUGAUAGCAUUCAAAUAAAGUCGUCACUAUAUCCUGUACAAACAAUAAAUCCCCAAGAUAAAACUAUGGAUUGGUUUAGUUUGCUUUCCAAAAUUAUGAGUUGGAAUGUGCGCAUAAAUCAAAAAGCCAUCGAAAAUAAUUGAAUGCUUAGACUCUAAUCUGAAAGAUUAUUAUUAUUUAUGCUAAUAUAAUACUAUUAUAUAAUAUACCUAAUAAUAAAAUACUACUAUAUAGUAUUAUUGUAUAUUACAUUAUCAUCUUACAUACGCAAAUGUUUUU